ACGGACUGUCAGUCAUCAUCAUCGCAACGACGGAGGCGAAAAAUCCGAGUCGAGUUUUUCUUCAGCUGGAGCCAGUGACGAAGUUUCGAGUUUCAGUUCCUAGAAUUUUGUGCAAUUUUCGGCCUCUGUGACGAUUCGACGUCGAACCAGCAACCGCCAACCGAACUGGAACGAACAAUUGCCAUCAUAUGACGACCGCGGACGGUUUCAUCUGAGGGAACCGGUGAGGGCGUUCUGUGACAGUUUGGGGCUUUUUUGGAACCCAAUCAUCGCCGCGUGAUGCAACAAUAGUGGCCGGCGCGAGACCGAGACUGUGAAGGUGACGGACCUCCGAUCUAUGUCCUCUCCCGCACGACGUUAUCGUGAUUAAUACAAUAAAAUUGAUUAAAUUGUUCGUUCGGUGGAAAAGCAGCAAAUCACGCAAUCUCAGCGCAAAAGUGUCGUCGAUGGUCGUCUGCGGCGCGACGACGACGAUAUCGUAGUUGUGAAGUGAACAACCACCAGAGAGACAAUUCGCGUUUGUGUAGUUACUUCUGCUGCUGCAGCCGGUUAGUCUUUAUCAGCCCGCCGCCAAGAUGAGUAUGAGUUCGUACACCGAGAGCUCCUCCGAAGAGGACGAUCUGUCCCCGAGGGACAAGGUCCAGCAGAACUCCAAGGGAUUCGCCGAUUUCUGCGUCCGGAACAUCAAGCAGCACUCGUUCGGCCGGCAUGAGAUCGAAAUCGCCGAACAGGAGAUGCCCGGCAUCAUGGCCCUGCGGAAGCAGGCCCUCGAGGACAAACCGCUGAAGGGGGCCAACAUCGUGGGCUGUACACACAUCAACGCCCAAACGGCCGUCCUCAUUGAGACGCUCAUCAACCUGGGGGCCAACGUGAGAUGGGCUGCGUGCAAUAUCUACUCGACACAGAAUGAAGUUGCCGCCGCCCUAGCGGAAAGUGGAGUGCCGAUAUUCGCCUGGCGGGGCGAGAUCGAGGAGGAUUUCUGGUGGUGCAUCGAUAAAUGUGUCCAUGCGGAAAACUGGCAACCGAACAUGAUCCUGGAUGAUGGCGGCGAUGCGACGCAUCUGAUGCUGAAAAAGUACCCCGUCAUGUUCAAGAUGAUCAAGGGCAUCGUGGACGAGAGCGUGACCGGGGUGCACCGGUUGUAUCAGCUGUCGAAGACGGGCAAGCUGACGGUACCGGCCAUGAACGUGAAGGAUGCCAUCACCAAGACCAAGUUCGACAGUUUGUACAGUUGUAAGGAGUCGGUCAUUGAUAGCUUGAAACGCGCCACGGAUAUUAUGAUCGGUGGCAAGCAGGUCGUCCUGUGCGGCUACGGCGAAGUCGGCAAAGGUUGUGCUCAAGCCCUGAAGGCGCUCGGUUGUAUUGUGUACGUAACGGAGAUCGAUCCGAUUUGUGCCCUGCAGGCCUGCAUGGAUGGCUUCCGUGUGGUCAAGCUGAACGAGGUGAUAAGGACGGUUGACGUCGUGAUCACGUGCACCGGAAACAAGAACGUGGUGACCCGUGAGCACAUGGACAAGAUGAAGAACGGUUGCAUCGUGUGCAACAUGGGCCAUUCCAACACGGAGAUCGACGUCAACAGUCUGCGAACCUCGGAACUGCAGUGGGAGAAGAUGCGUUCCCAGGUCGAUCACAUCAUUUGGCCUGGCCCCGACGGGAAGCGAAUCAUCCUGCUGGCCGAGGGACGGCUGGUGAAUCUGUCUUGCUCAAGCGUGUCGUCGUUCGUUGCGUCGAUCACGGCCGCUACCCAAGCGCUGGCACUAAUCGAGCUGUUCAACGCACCGCCCGGACGGUACAAGGCCGACGUGUAUCUGCUGCCGAAGAAGAUGGACGAGUACGUUGCCAGUUUGCAUCUACCGACGCUGGAUGCACACCUAACGGAAUUGACCGAUGAUCAGGCGCGCUACAUGGGCCUCAACAAGGCCGGUCCCUUCAAACCAAACUACUACAGGUAUUAGUGUCGUUCGUAUUGCAAAAUCAAUACGCAAUUGUAAAGCAUUUUCCGAGAAAACCAAGGAGCAAAAAAAAGUAUUGUGUUUAGGAGUUCAAUCGGGAUUUUUUGUUCGGUUUUGAAACAAUUUAGCGCAUGUAGAAAAAAAACUAUCGCAGAGGACGGGACAUUAUAAACUGGAUAUAAAAUUGGCCAAGCUACUUCUGGACAAGUAGUAGUAUCGUAGACAAUUUUUAGAAUCGUAGAUUUAAUAGAAACGAAACGAUGAAAAGGAGUAAGGCAAUGCGCAGCAAAAUUAAACAAAAAGUAAGAAACGAAACUCUUCCGCUUCCACUAUUACGCAAACAUAAGAAAACGAAACAAGCUGAAUUAUACACUGUUACAGAAUCGCAAAAUGAAAACUAUAUACUUUAGAAUCGGGAAAAGAGAGGGAUAAAACUUGAAGGGAAACGAUCACGUCCCAUCUAUCAACUAAAAUCACACGGUACGUCGUUUUGUUUUGUCUAUUUUUGUGGCGCAAACGUUAUAUCAACGAUGCUCUUAUUUCGAAGUGUCAAUUAUAACGAUUAGUUAACGGAUACGUUUUGUGCACGAUUUAUAUGGCAGCAGAAACAAACACUACUGGCGGAAAUCCGUUCCCAGGCUUUAUCGCAAAUUCGGAUUCGAACCGCGUUUAUCACCUAUCACUCGGUCGAUAAAAUCACACCACAAACAUUCACUGUUGUUAGGAUUGCAUUUUUCAGAACUCUUUCCAAGCAUUUAAAUUAGUGAAACGCCAAACAACUGCACCACCACGGUGAUCGGAAGGGGUGAUGAAUCCUUUUCCGGUGCCGAGACCUCUACAGUAUAACGUGAUGAAUAGCGAUUUCUUUGGUCUAAGUUUAGCGCGCACGCAUUACACCCCAUAGCAGCAUACAUUUGCAGCAGUAGACGACGCGUAUUACUAUUAUUAUUAUUACGGUUAAUUAUAAAACUAUUAUUAUCCUCCUUAUUAGUAUCAUUAUCUUGGAUAAGAAUUCCAGACGAGCGGUAGCAAUUGCACACAGAGAAGUUAAGAAAAUAUAACACCCAUUUUUAAGGCG